UCUGUCUGUGGCUGUGCGAUUUGUUUUCUCUCUGAAAUAUCUUUCUCCGUCCAACUCCGAUCAUGGAUAGUGGAAAACCUUUUGAUUCCAUUCCAGAUGAUCUCCUCAUCAAGAUACUGUCGAAAUUGCCAGCAAAAUCAAUAGCUAAGUGUCGUUCCGUGUCGAAGCGAUGGAAGUCCUCGGCUCUAAUGAGAUCUGGAUUCCACCGUGACGAUUUCACCGACUUGUAUCUAACCAGGUCGAAACCUCGUCGACGACUCUUAAUUGGGGUACAAAAACCACAAGAAGGUGAGUGGAGCUUUUACUCAACUCCUCAGCCUCAGAAUCCAUCUGAGAAGUCUUCUCUUGUAGUAUCCGCCGCUGAUUUUCAUAUCAAGUUCUCUAAAGGAACAAGCGGGUACAAUUGUAGCUAUGCCUCUGGAUUGAUCUAUUUCCAUAAGAUGUGUAUCCCAAAGGAAGAUGAAGAUCUAAAGCGUGUGAUAUGUAACCCUCUCACAGGUCAGUAUGUGAUCUUACCUGAACUUAGAGGUGGUGUUUCGCAUAGCUAUUCGUAUAGCUAUUUAGGGUUUGAUCCGGUUGACAAGGAAUUCAAGGUAUUGUUCAUGACUACUCGUGAAUUUAUAGCUUCUAGUGGUACAGAUCAUUAUAUCUUGACACUGGGAGCUGAAGAAUUGAGGUGGAGGAAGAUCAAAUGUCCUUUUACACAUGAGCCUUUUUGGGAAAGGAUCUGCAUCGAUGGUGUUUUGUAUUACUUAGCUCAAGUUGGAAGGUCUUAUGUGAUAGUUUGCUUUGAUGUUAGGUCUGAGACAUUCAAGUUCAUAGGCGUAGAAAGACAUUUUGAUGAAUUGAUAAACUAUAAGGGGAAACUAUGUGGGAUUGAUUUGAAGUAUGGUUAUGAUGGUGGAUUCCCCGUUCAGUUGAGUAUGAAGGUUCUAGAGAAGCGGGAAUGGUCCAGCUAUGUCUACUCUUUGUCGGAUGAUCAGAGUGAAGGUUUUAAGGUCAAAGAGAAUCUAUCCGUUGUUGGGGUGACUACUUCAGGUGAAAUUGUUUUGUCGACGAAUUCUGCGUCUAAUCCUUUUUAUGUUUUCUAUUUCAAUCCGGAAAGGAACAUUCUCCAAGUUGUUGAAAUGCAAGGUGUUGGAGAUAACUGUGAUUGGAGAUAUGCCUUUGUAGAAGACUAUGUAGAGGAUAUUAGUGUUACUGAUGCAAUGCAACUGAAGUUAGCAGCCCCUUUACAACCAGGCCGAAACAUUGUUCCCGAGAGGCCAAAACCACAACAACGCCGAGAUACGUCUCUCUACCUCUCCAAGACUUCUCAAUCUGUGGAAAACGAGGAGCAAAAUAAUGUUCCUGUGAGGCCAGAACCACAACGACGUAGGGACACGUCUCCUGAUCUUUCCAAGUCUCCCCAAUCUGUGAAGAACAAGGAGCAGAACGGGUGCGGAUCAUCAUCAGCUAACCUGCUCUAUCGCUCUGUUAGCUUAGCUAUUUUAUGUUUUGGUACACUUAGCUAUGUUUUUUUUGUCCAAAAAAAGAAAAAAUAGUGUAGCUCUGUCAUUCGACUGGCUUAGCUAAAAAGCCUAAAAUUUUCAUCGUUCCCUGUGUCUCCUCUUUGGCUCUAAAUUUGUCUGAUCCGAAAACUUUUAAACAAUGAAACAGAGACAAUAUUCAUGGAGUUUA